GCGGGGCUCGCAUGUCAAUGAAGCGGGGACGGGAUCGCGCCUGUUUAUGUAACCGGCCCAGAGGGGGAUUAGCCGGGCCGGGCGCAGCGGGUUCUGCUGCCGGGACGCGAUGGGGCCGGGGCUGCCGUAGGAAGGAGACGCGAUGGGAGCUGCCAGCAGCGAGCCCGAGCCCCCGCCGGGCCCCCUCAAGGGCGGUGGCUUCGCAGACGAGGUCUCCUGGGUCCGGAGCUGGAAGAGGGUCUUGGCUGGCAUUGGGGUGACGGUGUCCGGGCUGGAGCGCAACUUGGCCAUGAGGAGGUGCCUCCAGCAGCGGCGAGGCCCGGGUGAGAAGCUGCCCCGGCUGGGCGAGAAGGUGGUGACGGGGUGGCCGGUCCCGCAGUUCGUCUCGCUCUUCCUCCCGGAGUUCCCCAUCCGGCCCCCCCUGGGCCAGCCGCAGCUCAAGAUUCUGGGCUUUGUUGCUAAAGGCUCGUUUGGAACGGUCCUGAAGGUGCUGGACUGCAGGCGGGAGAAGGUCUUUGCUGUGAAGGUGGUCCCCAAAGUGGAGGUGCUGCGGCGUGACACCCUGAAGCAGUGCAAGGAGGAGGUCAGCAUCCAGAGGCAGGUCAGCCACCCAUUUGUUCACUGCUUAGGGGACAGCUGGCAGGGACAGCGGCAUCUCUUCAUUAUGUGCACAUACUGCAGCACCGGAGACCUGCACACGCUUUGGGCCUCUUUGGGGCGCUUCGCGGAAGCCACCAUUCGCCUGUUCGCAGCCGAGCUGGUUCUGGCGCUGGGUUAUCUCCAUGACCUGGGCAUCAUGCACCGAGACGUGAAGAUGGAGAACAUACUCCUGGACGAACGCGGGCACCUCAAGCUGACAGACUUUGGCCUUUCCCGCCACCUGCGCCGAGGGGAGCGGGCUUACACCAUCUGUGGGACCCUGCAGUACAUGGCCCCAGAAGUGCUGAGCGGAGGCCCCUACAGCCAUUCUGCUGACUGGUGGUCUCUGGGCAUCCUGCUCUUUACCCUCGCUACUGGGAAGUUCCCAGUUCCUCCAGAGCGAGACCACCUGGCCAUGCUGGCGAGCGUGAACCACUGCAGCUACGAGAGCCCAGGCUCCCUGAGCCGGGGGCUGUCCCUCCUGCUCAGCGAGCUCCUGUGCCGAAACCCCCUGCGGCGCCUGCGCUACCUCCACCACUUCAAGAGCCACCUCUUCUUUCGGGGCGUGACCUUUGACGCCGAGCUCCUGCAGAAGCACCCGGUGGACGUGGUCGUGGCUGCGCGGCAAGCGGAGGCGGCGGCCCUGGAAUCGUCCGUCACCUUUACAGACUUUGACUGUGACCUCCUGGCCUGGCUGCGGCAGAGCUGA